AUGGCGAAAGCGGCGAAGCGGACAAAAAAGUUUAUCAAGAACAAGCUGGAUACGACGCUCGAGCAGCGGCGCACGCAGAAGAAAAAGGCUGUGCAUUUCAAAGAGAAUAAGGCGCGCAAAGAGCGACGCGGCCACCGCGAUGCAGAAGAAGAGGACGGAGACGAGGAGGAAGAAGAGGACAAGGAUGGUGGGAUGAGUGUCGACGCGUUCCUCCAGGGCGGAUUUCACGAGGAGAUGGAUGAGGAGGACGAGGACGAGGACGAGGACGAGGGCGCUGACGAUAUGCUCGACGCGAUGGAAGACGUUUCCGACGAAGAAGACCACGCGCAGGACCUCGAAAAACUCGCGGAAAACGACCCCGAGUUCUACCGGUACUUGCAAGAAAAUGAUAAAAAUUUGCUUAAUUUCGGCAGCGACGAUGAAGAGAUGGGAGAGGAAGAUGCGCCGGCGGGCGACGACGACGACGACGACGACGAAAAUGAGCAGCAGAUUCCUGUGGUCACAGCGGCCAUGCUCCAGACGUGGCAGCGCGCCAUACUCAAGCACCACUCGCUGCGUGCUCUCCGCCGCAUUCUGCUUGCAUACCGCGCGGCAGUAUUCAUGGGCGAUGAGCACGUCCACCUCGCAUACCGCGUGCUGGACGGCGACGUUUUCUCCAGCGUCGUUAUGGCCGCGCUCAAAUACACGCCGAUGGCUCUGCAGCAUCACAUCCCCACAAAGCGCGCCGCCGAAGGCCGUUUCAAGGUGCCGACACACACUAAGAAAUGGAGCUUGCUUGUGCGCCCCGUGCGUAGCUACUUUUUAAGCACCGUUCAGCUGCUGCGCACACUUUCUGAUCCGACGAUGGUGUACGCAGCGCUGACCGAGUCGGCUAAAAUGGUGCCGUAUUUGCACCACGACCGCCGUGUGAUGCGCGACUAUGUCAAGGUGCUCCUCCAGCUCUGGUCCACCGCCACCGACCGCGUCAGGCUUGCGGCAUUCUCGUGCCUGUACCUCGUCACGGCGUCGGCAUUCGACGAAGAAAUGAUCGACUUUUGUCUCAAGUCGACGUACCACGCUUUUGUGCGCAGCUCUAAACUUACCACGCCCCACACGAUGCCCAACAUUGUGCUGAUGAAAAACACCGCGUGCGAGCUGUUUGCCUUGCACCCCGAGGCGUCAUACCAGCAAGCGUUUGGCUUUAUUCGCCAGCUGGCCAUUUCGCUGCGCAACUGCCUCAAGAUCAAGACCAAAGAGCAGUACCAAGCAGUGCUCAAUUGGCCCUAUAUCCACUGCCUUGAUUUCUGGUCGCUCGCCCUCGCGCAUACGUGCGCCGAGGCAGAGAGCAACAUGCGCCCGCUCAUCUAUCCCCUCGUCCAAGUUGCGCUUGGUGUCGCGCGGCUUGUGCCGAUCUCGCGCUACUUUCCCCUGCGUCUGCACGUCGUGCAGACGAUGCAGCGUCUUGUGCAGUGCACCGGCGUGUACAUUCCACUCGCCCCGCUCAUGCUCGAGGUGUUUGACAGCCCCGAGUUCCAGCGGAAGCCCAAAGGCGCGACGCUGAAGCCCCUCGAUCUGGAGACGACACUGCGUGCGCCGCAGGCGUACGUGCGCACAAAGGUCUAUGCCGACCAGCUCGCGGACGCGUAUGCUUUUGCCCUGCUCGAGUUUCUCGCGUCCCAAGCGCUGAAUAUUGCUUUUCCUGAGAUGGUCAUCCCCGUCGCCGUUCAGCUGCGCCGCUUGCUCAAGUCGGGCACGAGUGCACGACUGCACGAGUGCGUCAAGCCGGUGCUCGACAAGGUCCAGCAGAACACGACGUGGAUCGAGCAGAAGCGGAGCACGGUGGAGUUUGCCCCGCAGGACCACGGCGCCGUGGACAAUUUUUUGCGCGAUACGACGCAAGAGGCGCCGCUUGCAAGUGCCCUGAGACUGGCGCGUAAAGUGCGCGAACAGAAACGCAAGCUGCUCGAACAGACGACACAUGUCGUUGGGGAUGACGAGGAAUAG